AUGAUUAAUGACGCGAUGAGCUCGCGUGUUAAUAGUGGAGGAUCAAUUAUUUCAGGCUCUUCGACUGAAUUCUCUCGUAUUGAAGCCGACAAGGAAAACAUACAGCCCUUAAAGCAAGGUCGUUCUGCCAAUAAUUUGGUAAAGGCCUUAUCUUUGAACAAGGAAACACGGAAGGAAGUUCUUGCUAGAGAAAGAGAUCAAUUUGAAGCUUCUUUAGAUCCUGCUCAGCUUGAAGACCUAGAUGAUCCGCUGGACCCUUACUUAAAAUAUUUGGACUGGAUCCAUACUAAUUAUCCUUCUGGGGCUAACACAGAAUCAGGACUAAUUCAGCUGCUGGAAAGAAUAACACAUGAUUUCAAAGACGACGAUUACUACAAAAACGAAGUGCGCUACUUCAAAGUUUGGUUGGAGUAUGUGAAGUUCAGCGAUAACCCGCGAGACAUAUUCCAUUAUCUUUACAAGAAAAAGAUUGGUCUAUCUCUUUCGCUUUUGUACGAGAGCUUUGCAAACUUCAUGGAGGUAGAACAAGACUUCAAAAAGGCGGAGGAACUAUACCAAGCAGGAAUUAAUGCCAAAGCCAGGCCACUCAAUAGGCUGAUCCGUGCAUACGAAAACUUCAAGAUCAGAAGAGCGCAAUCCUCCCAAGUCCAGAAGAGACAGGGAUUAAGUGUUUUGCAGAAUCCGUCUGGAGGAGGGUUGGAAAUGGCGGCAAAGUCAGUGCCCUCUCGCAGCUCUAAAGCUUUUGCUGUUUUUAAUGACUCUGAAUCAAAACCAUCAUCGGCCAAUGAUGGCAUAUGGCAGCAUCUUGAUACGAUAGACAAUUCGAGGAAGGAGAAUGUGAUACGCCCCACAUCUUGGUCGGGAGAAAAGCUUAUACAACAAAGGGUGCCCAAAGGGAAAGAGCCUAAUUUUGAGGUUUUUAGAGACGAUGAAUUGCGCUUUCCCGUCACUAAGAUUAUACACAACCCAGGCAAACGUACUGAGAAGUUUGAUUUCAAUUUUGAUUUAUUAUACCCUGACAAAGAGGAGGAGAGAAGUCUUAUGGAGGUACUGCUUCUCAGUCGUGGCGUGUACUAUUUAGCAAAGAAGCGAAAACCUGAGCGCACAUUGGAAACACCGUCUAAGAAACACACACUUUUAGUGGACGCUGAGAAUGAAACCAAAUUGCUUAAUUCGCCCACGCUUACAUUCUACUCACGCCAGUCCAUGAAAGAGGUUCUUCAGAUGCUCAAUCAACCGUUGAAAGAGACUAAAGUUAACGACGAAGAACCUCCUUUGGAUGAAGGACUAAGCGAUUUUGUUACGGAAACUAUUACCAAUCACACACCUGCUACGCCAAAAAAGUUGACGAAUGACGAUACCGGCGUAUUGAGCUCCCCGUUUGUGGAAGAGCCUCUUCACUCCGAGCCUGGAAAAGGGGAUGUUUUGAUCAAUCCCUUUGAUCACAAUCUGCAGAAAAAUCUAUUAUACAAGCAAUCAUCGCACUUCUCACAUUAUGACAAUUACCACCAGUCAACCACCAAGCGCGAAAAAUGCACUAUUCUAAGAAAUUUGCUGAAACCACAUGCUGCUCCAAUAAUGGGUAGUCGUCAGUUGAUGAUCGAAUUCGAAGGCGAAACGUUUUGUUUUACGAAACAGCUAGGAGUUUUGGAUAAAGCAGCCACAUAUUUGAGCGAGAAAUCAGACGGAUCAGCUGCAGCAAUAAAGGUUUGCUCACCUCCAGUAGAAUGGGAAUACUAUAUCCUCAAGCAGUUGGAAGUCAGAGCGCCGGGAACCUUCAUUAAAGUUAUUGAUUUCUAUAAAUUCGAGGACGAGUCAUACCUGAUCUUGCCAUACCUGAAACAUGGAACCCUCUUGGAUCUGAUUCAGCUGACAUCGCAAUCAAAAUCAAUCAAAUUGGAAGAAUCGAUGGUUAUUUACCUCACUGCACAGCUGCUAAAGCAAGUCUCUAUUCUGCAUUCAAUAAGUAUAGUCCACGCCAACCUCAAGGCAGAGAACUGCAUACUAAAUCUGACACCAAACACGAAGCCUAGCUACCACGACUUAAAGUUGAUUGAUUUUCAAAACUCAAUCGACUUAUCGCUGUUCCCUGAGAAUGUUCGUUUCUCUGCCCAAUUGUCAGCUAAUACCUAUCCUGCGGAUGAAAUGUGGAGUUCUUGGAGGCACGAGCCUGACUAUUAUGGACUGGCAAACAUCGUUCACAUGCUGUUAUUUGGCAGAGAAUUGGGAGUUCUGAAAACCAGUUCAAAUAAUAUCAAAAUACGUGAAAACAUGCCAAGCUACUGGCAGAGAGAAUUAUGGAACGAGCUUUUCAAAGUUCUCUUAAACUCACAAGAUCUCGAUUGCGACCAAGGAGCUCCUCUCAAAUUGCUAGCUGCCAAAUUCGAGAAUUGGGUUAAUCUCAACUGGUCAUCUUGUGGUCUCUCCAAACAACUGGCAAAGAUCACAGAUUUUUUGGACGACCAAAGGAAGAGGAAUAAAAUAUAA